AGAGCUGCAGUGGAUGACGUCUGAAUAGCCUCCCACAGGUGAAGAAAUUCAUCAUGGAGGAUAUGCCACUCUUCCACAACGCCGAAGUGAAGUUCAUCGGCGGUGCCCCUCCUGAGCUGGUGCUGCUCAACGCUUCAAAUGAGGAAGUGGAGCGUCUGCCUCUGUCCGAGUUGAACCGCGAGGAGUGCAACAUGCUCAUGCUGAAGAAGGGCUUUUACAAGAAGACCAAGAAGGACGAGGAGGUUCCCGACCAGUACCGGGAAGGGCCGUACAAGGAGAGGGUGGAACUCUAAGAUGUGAAUUUUUUUAACCGAAUGAACUGUAGUUCAACAGCACACGCCAGGCAUAUUUCCAUUGGUGGCGGGCCACGUGUUCUAUUCUAUCCCUCCUUCCCCUUUUUUAUUUGUAGCGUGUAUAAUUAAACCCAAGUUAGAUGCACAUGAAAUAAAAAAAAAAUCCAUUGUGUGUAAAUGAAGAUGUUGAAGAUGUAUCAGUUCAUAGACGGCGUUUCCUCCUUUGUACUUUUUCACCACCCGUUGUACUGUGAUGGGGAGUGAAUGUGGCGGGGCAGAGGGCCGUCGGCGGUCGGGAGACACCAUGAAGAGGGCGGUGGAAAGGGUUUGAUACUCACGCCGUCUUCGGAAGUCUGAAGUCGGCCUGGCUGCUGACGGCCGUGUGCUCCGCCUGUUCACAGACUCAUGACAGAUCAUAAUAAGAAUGUGUGAUUUUAAACAGA